AUGACCAUUGUUUGUGGGUAUAACUUACCAAUGGUGAAGUUGAACGGUGAUUCUACAUUUACAGCACCGACCACUUAUGUGUUGAUGGAAAGUUACGGUGGUACUACUUUAACGACACCGUCUGUUGUUCAAAAAAUUAAUCCUAUAUGGAACAGUGAAUGGACAAUUCUACUGCCAAAACAUUUAUUGAUAGAAGAAAAAUGGUUAAUACUAGAAUUAUGGUGUAAAAAGUUCCAAAAUGAGUAUGCAGGUCACGAUCCCAAACGUGAUUUGAGGCUCGGAUUUAUAUUUUUGGAUUUAAGUUCACUUAAAUACGAUUUAAAACACGCUGGUGGAUUAUAUGAUGUAAUAAGUGAAACUGAAGAGUAUCAUGGAAAAAUUAAAGUUAUUAUUGAUCCGCUCAAUUGUAGUAAUAUACAAAAACAAUCUUCUCUGACAUCAAAUAACCAACUGAAUAUAAUUAAUCGCAAUAAGUCGUCUGUGAACUCAAACUCUGAAACUAUUUUCAAGAGAACUAACAAACCUGAAGACCUUGCCAAAUUGAAAUCUGUUAAAUCAAGUAUUACUUCAACCAAAUCAAGUAAAGAAAAAUAUUGUGAUCACAUAGAUCUAACAGGGCCUGAUAUUGACGAAACUACAAAAAUGUUCAGUGGGAUUUCAUUAAAAAAAAAAGCCUUUGAAUACAAAAAAAAAUGUGAUUCCAGUUCUAUUACAUCGUGGACCAGCUCAUCUGAUGAUAUAAUAUUGUGUUCCGAGAAUCCUCAAUUUCAGUUAAUGAAUGCGUACUUAAACAACGGAAUGAAACUGAAUCAAAUCAAAUGAAUUAUUCAAGACUGAGAUAUAACUUCUAAUAAUUGAGUAGGUUCUUCAAAUAUUUGUAGUAUAUUUCCUAACUGACAACUAAGUAUUUCAAAAUUGAAUAUUUUCAAUUUUUUAGUUUGUGAAUUUUACUUGAUUAUAUUGACUCGGAAUC